UCAGUAUCUAAACUAAACAACAUUGGACCGUUCGUUUUUGUUAAGAUUUCAGCCAGGGAAGUACAUUGUCGGAUGGACAGUUGACCGUUAGGCAGUCGAGAGAAUUGGUGGGAAAGUCAAAUUGCCGGAGAGACGAGCGUUUUAUAACUACUCAGUCAACGUCCCAUUGGCAGCUCCCUCCUUUCCCUCUCCCCUCCUAUGAGAUGGCCGAUCUGCACUAUCCUCCUUUCCCCCAGCUCCCACACUCUGCUCCGUUCCCUUCUCCGCGCUUGUGCUCGUCAGUCCUCUCUCCCCACUGCAGAGAAACUCCACGCCCUGAUCCUCACCACCGGCCUCACCUCCUCCCCCAUCUCCUUCCUCAGCAACUCCCUCUUGCAUGCAUACGCAGCAUGCGGCGAGUUCACGUAUGCUCGUGACCUGUUCGAUUCAAUUCCCCACUCGCGGAAAGACACGGUCGACUGGACCACACUGAUGGGCUGCCUCGCCCGAUCUGGCAUGCCCCUGGAUGCCCUUCGACUGUUUGUCCAAAUGUGGAAACAGAACCGCCCGAGGCCCGAUGAUGUUACGCUGGUUUGCAUGUUCAACGCGUGUGCUGGGUUGCAGGACGUGGGGACGGGUGUUCAGGGCCAUGCGUGUAUGUUGAGGUUGGGAUUCGGGAGCAGUGUUAAGGCUUGCAAUGCCCUGAUGGAUAUGUACGUGAAGAGCCGAUCCAUGAGCGAUGCCAGACGGGUUUUUUGUGCGAUGGAGGAUCGGAGUGUUGUCUCAUGGACUGUGAUUUUGGACGGAGCGAUCAGAUGGGAAGGUCUGGGGAGUGGAAGGGCGGUGUUCAAUCAGAUGCCUGAGAAGAAUUUAGUCACAUGGACGAUAAUGAUCAUGGGUUAUGUGGGGAAUGGAUUCACUCGGGAAGCCUUCCGGCUUUUAGGUGAGGCGAUCUUUGAUUCACAUCUAGGGUUGAACGAAGUCGCGCUCUGCUCUAUAUUAAGUGCUUCUGCACAGUCAGGAGAUGCAGUGAUGGGAAAGUGGGUGCAUGUUUACGCAUUAAAGACUAUGGGGAGGGACAUGGAUAUUAUGGUUGGGACUGCUCUGCUCGAUAUGUAUACAAAAUGCGGCAGACUAAAGUGUGCAUUGAGAGUUUUUGAAUCGAUGUCGAAGAGGAAUUUGGUGGUGUGGAAUGCCAUGAUUAGUGGGCUGGCAGUCCACGGAAGAGGUGAACUAGCGUUGGACAUAUUCCCUCGGAUGCUCAAAGAAGCAAAGCCUGACAGCUUGACUUUCACAUCUCUCUUGAAUGCCUGCAGCCAUUCAGGCCUUGUGGAUCAGGGCUAUCAGUAUUUUCACGACCUCGAGUUGAAGUAUGGGGUAGCGCCUAAAGUGGAGCACUAUGCUUGUAUGGUGGAUCUUCUGGGUCGAGUAGGUCGGGUAGAGGAGGCUGAGAUGAUUGUAAGAUCAAUGCCGAUGCCUCCAAAUGAAGUUGUCUUAGGAUCGCUCUUGGGCUCUUGUGUGGUCCAUGGGAAACUCAGGCUUGCUGAAAGUACCCUGCACGAGUUGAUCAAACUAGAUCCCCACAACACAGAAUACCAUGUCCUGCUCUCGAACAUGUAUGCUUCGGAAGGAUAUUCAGAGAAGGCUAAAUCCCUCAGGCAGGCCCUUAGGGCUAAGGGCAUUAGGAAGAUUCCUGGAAUAAGCUCCAUUCACAUCAACGGCGAGCUUCAUCAGUUCUGUGCAGGUGAUAAAUCUCACCGACGAGCGAGAGAGGUCUACUACAUGCUUGAUGAGAUGAUCCAACGGCUUAAAUUAGCUGGUUAUGUUCCUUUCAUUUCAUCACAGGCUGAGAAUGGUAUUAAUGAGAUGGAGGAGAAAGAGCAAGCAUUGUUCUCACACAGCGAGAAGCUCGCAGUUUGUUUUGGGCUGAUAAGCACCAAGGCUGGAACACCUCUUUACAUCUUCAAGAAUCUAAGGAUCUGUCCAGAUUGCCAUUCUGCUAUUAAGAGCGUUUCAAAAAUUUACGAGCGGGAAAUAGUUGUUAGGGAUCGUAGUCGUUUUCAUAGAUUCAAGCAUGGUUCAUGUUCUUGUUCGGAUUACUGGUGAACAAAUCUGUGCUGCAUACACAGUAUAUAAAAAUUGAAAAAUUCUCUAAAUCCAGAUUCACAAUUUUCCAUUCC